GAAAGGUCAGUCGCACGAGCCCCGUGAAAAGCAUUCUGGGAUACACUAUGUAAACAUCAGCCUCAAACCUGUCAGACGAGAUACCAAUGCAUUUUAUACAUAAUGAACUUUCGAACAGACUCUUUUUUAUGAUUUUGGUAUUUAAUACGAACGGGGCCACUCGACUUCGUGAUUUAUCGGGAUGCGACGAUGCUGUCAAGAAGCGACAGUACUUCUGUGCAAGUGUCAGAAUGCUAGCGGCUAGUUAGCUCGCUGCUGGAUCACAUUCAUGCGCUUAUAGUUGUCUUACAUUUCAACGGAUUCGUCCACUCUUUGUUACCGGCAGUCCAGACUCCUCUUCCUGCUGUGAAGGAUGGGUGUGAAAACCUUCACUCACAAUUCCCCCAACCACAGCCAAGAGCUUUUGGAUAAGCUUAACACCCUACGCAGUGAGGGCCACUUUUGUGAUGUCACCAUCCGCGUACAAGGCCAGAUGUUCUCGGCCCACAAGGUAGUGCUAGCCUGCUGUAGUGACUUCCUUCGGGCGAAGCUGUCUGGGAAGCCGGCUGAAGAAGACACUGUAAUAGCAGGUGAAGAUAACAAACAUGUGCUGGACCUCCAACAUGUGACGGUCGCGGGUUUCGCUCCUCUCCUGGAAUAUGCCUACACGUCCACGCUGUCCAUUAGCACGGAGAACAUCAUCGACGUACUGGCAGCUGCGAGCUACAUGCAGAUGUUUGCGGUGGCCAACACUUGCUCUGAGUUCAUGAAGUCCAGUAUCCUGUGGAACUCAGCAUCCUCGGGAGCAGGAGGUCCUGGAAGCACCCAGCCUCCAGGUUUACACAGACCCCAAGAGACCCCUGAAGGCCACGCGAGCUGCACCCUCGCCCCUGUAGAUGCCCUCUCGCCAUCUCCGGUCUCAUCCGAGUGUAGCGUCCCGGAUCGGCCCAUUCCUGUGUGUCGCGAGUCUAGACGCAAACGCAAAGGCUUUGCGAGCCCGUAACCAGCAUCUUCAACUUCUCCACAGGUCCCCAACCCUUCUCCCUCCUCGUCCUCCUUCCCAGAGAGUUCAGCUCAGGCUCUGGAACCAUCUCUGGCCUUCUCCUGGACGUACCCAUUUGGUGUGGACCGGCGGUUUGCGGCGGAAAAGUCAAAACUACCUGAAGGCCUCCUGGAACCAUCUGGAGCGUCGGGACAGGACUCUAGUGGACGGGCAUUGGUGGAGUAUUUGGCUUGCGAGGGCCCACGCGGCCUGGGUGUGGGAGGUGCAGCAGGGGUGGAGGAGGAGGAAGAAGAAGAUGUGCAGGUAAAGGUGGAGAGGCUGAGUGAUGAAGAAGUGCAUGAAGAAGCUUCUCAACCAGUCAGUGCUCCACACAGCUCUCUGAGUGACCAGCAGACGGUUCCUGGCAAUGAACACACCCAAGAAGAUCUACUCAUUAGCCCUCAGUCCUCAUCCAUUGGCUCCCUGGAUGAGGGGGUGACAGAGGGUCUCCAAUCCAUGCAGGGCACUCCAAACACUACUGGUCACAUGGAAGAGGAUGAGAGGCUGGAGAAUGUCCAGUACCCAUACCACCUGUACAUUAGCCCUUCCACUCGCCCAGGACUCAACGGUCCUGAACGGCCCUUCCAGUGCCCUACGUGUGGCGUCCGCUUCACUCGAAUACAGAAUCUGAAGCAGCACAUGCUCAUCCACUCUGGUAUUAAGCCAUUCCAGUGUGACCGCUGCGGGAAAAAGUUUACGCGGGCUUACUCUCUGAAGAUGCACCGGCUGAAGCACGAAGGUAAACGCUGUUUCCGGUGCCAGAUCUGUAGCGCCACUUUCACUUCCUUCGGUGAAUAUAAACAUCACAUGAGGGUGUCUCGCCACAUCAUCCGCAAGCCUCGGAUUUACGAGUGCAAAACGUGCGGCGCCAUGUUUACCAACUCCGGCAAUUUAAUCGUACACCUGAGGAGUCUCAACCAUGAGGCGUCAGAACUAGCAAACUACUUCCAGACCAGUGAGUUCCUCCUCCCAGACUACUUGAGUCACAUGCAAGAGGAAGAGGGGCUGGGACACUUUGAGAUGAGCGAGCAGACCUUUGAAGCUUCUUCCUCCUCUUCCUCAGUCCAGACACCAGUUAUCUCUCAAGUUUCCUCUACCAUGAACUAUGACAACCACACUUCUGCACCUCCUUCCCAAACCCCAAACCCCAGGUCAGGGAACGGAGGGGAGGCCGCACAAGGGGACCACCCGAAGUCCACCGCUGCUGUUACCUCUCUACAAGACCCAGAGGAAGACGAGGGAGAGAAGGAGAGAGGUGUAAGAAAGAAGAAAAGACUAGUGUCAAUUACGAUUGAGUGAAAUACGUUCCAUACGUGUAAACAUGUAUAAUAACAGUCAAUGUUCUGUUGCACACUCAAUACUUCUGUUGUCGAUGGUUUAUUAUGCUCUCUGAAAAAAAUGUACCAAAGCUGCCAUUGGGGUGAUGGCUUUGAAAAAGUUACACCUUUGUAUUUAUCCAUAAAGAGUGCAUAUUAGUAUCUUAAAAGUAUUAGUACCUAAAAUGUAUAUAUCAGCACCUAUUUUAGUAUCUUCUGAAAGGGUACCACCCCAGUGAUAACUUUUGUACUUUUGUUCUGAGAGUGUAUGUUUUCACAGCUUAUAAACUUGGUGUAAUGCCUUUUAAUUUAUGGGGGUUACUUUAAAUUGUUAUGAAAUCACAUUUGAUUUGGAUUUACAUACAAAUCUCGCUGAAAGAUGAUCAUGGAUCUAAAUUUAAAAAAAGACUUGAACUAAAAAAUGUGACUUUUUAUUAGUAACCCGUUAUCAUCUGUGAUUAUAAUGAAUUUGUUUAAUGGAAGCACAUUUUUUUAUUUAAUUAUAUUUGUAUUCAUAAUAUAGACUUUUUAACCGCUUUGUGGCGGUCUGUCAAAAAAAAAAAAGAAUCUAAUUGUAUACUUUUCGUUGCAUUAUGUUCAGCUAUUACUGAUCUCCUUUAUUACGCGUCUAUUUCUCCUAUUUCAUGUCUGCGCCUUAACUAUCGCAAACUGCCCCUUCCGACUGUAAACAAACCUGUUACAAACCGGGAAGCUUCAGUCCUCUGAGGACCUUUCUGAAAAAUGUGAAAGACUGUGUUACUACUUCCAUGUGUGUGGUUCAGAGCAGAAACAAAACACUGAAUCCGACCGGCACGAAACAGCCGUGUGCAUUGACUGACUAAUCUAAUGUGCUUUAGUGUGUUGUGUUGAAUGCGUGUAUACGUGAAGAGUAGCCCUGUUUUCCCAGCCCUCUUUUCUGCUGUAUGUGUAAUGCUGCUAAAUUUUGUAAACUGUGCCUCUUGCCCAGCUCUCCGAAGCACUCGACAAUUCGAUCUAAAGAGCUGUAUGUGAAUUCUUUGGGUUUAACAUUCUUCUUUUGAUUGUGACAUAUGGAGGAAUUGUCAGAUGGGUCACGUUUUAAUAGAGUGGACGGAAGGUGAUAUUUCCAUAGCCUUUCCCAUUUUAUUGCUGUUGGAAUUAUACUAUGGAAUUUUCUCCAUAGCUUGACGCCAUAGUUGUAUGUGCCUAAUAUUCUCCCCAAACAAAGUUUAUGAACACCUUGUGACUAUGGCAGGAGCCUUGAGCGAAGAUGUAACUCGAUUGCGACUUUGGAAUAUGUAGCAUUUGUUUUGUUCGGUAUAGUCGUAGCGAUCGCGUAUCUUCGCUUCCUUCGUGUGAUAUUGCACCUGGCAAUCAGUCAGUCUCGAAGCUGCUCCAUUCCAAUAUGAUUUUGUAGGGAACAAAAAGUUUUAAUAAGCGUUGUGCAAUAUUGUUUUGGAUGAUACACGUGGUCCAAAAUUAAAACCUUUUAUACUGCAGUGGACAAUGAGCUGAAUGACUGAAGAUAAUGAAAUACAGGAGGGGGGGCGAAAAGGCUAAAGCGCGUGCCCUGCGAUAAACCGUUCAUAUGAAUUGUCAGUGUACAAACAAUGAUAGAAAUCACAUUGUAUUACAAAAAAAAACUUGGUUGCAAUAUCUUUCUCUGAUGUCAUUUCCCUCGAGACGGUCUCCUGCUUAUCUCACUCUCUCCAUUUUUGCGACCGCCGGCUGUAAGCUCAAACUCAAUUACUUCAUAGUCUGAGAGUUUGUAGUGACGCAUUUAUCCAUAAGACGAUAUUGGCUGUCUGUCCCAGAUUGCUCUUUGUGCUACUUGCAUGUUUUCCGUGCAAAAAGAAAUAUGGGGGG